GAGUUUAAAUUACGACACGAUGGCCGGUAACUUGUAUAGAUUUUCCCACGCUUCGAAGCGUACGUGCAGAACUUUGAUGCGCGACGUACGUCGAAGGGGGGCUGCUUUCCUCCCGACGCGCUUCGAGAGGGAUUACAGUUCGGCGCUGUACAUUUCCGGCAAUAAGGCAAGCAAAGCGUUCGCGUAUCUGUCGCCGUAUCUGGACUGCAGCGAGAGGUUCGCCGAUCUGGACAAACUGCGGAAGAAUUUGGCGUUGCGCGGGAUGGACGUGGACGUCGUUGAAUUGAAGGAGGCGUGGAAUUUCUUCAUACGGACGGUCGCGGACAGAUUCGCGUUGGAGGACCACAACAAGGAGCUCACGAAUCGCGUGAGAAACCUGCUGGAGAGCGCCGAGCGCACUGCCAAGCAGGAGCAGGAGGUGGCCAAGCUGCGCUCGCAGCUCAAGAUCAUACGGCAGGAUAUGAAGACGAUGAGGGAAGCGGUCUGGGAACUGGAGGAGAAUGUGGUGGAAAGGGUCUUGAGGCUGCCGAACGAGUUGGAUCCUAGAACGCCCGCCGGCGAGCCGACGGUACUGAAAAGUGUCGGCGGUGUGCCCGAGAUAACGGAAACGGACAGGAGGAGUCACGUCGACAUCGGGACGAGCCUGGACCUGCUGGAGUACAAGAAUCCUCUCUGUUACUAUCUGCACAACGACGCGGCCCUGUUCGAGCUCGUCGCGCUGGCGCACGCGGGCCGAGUCCUCGGCGGGAACGACAUGGUCAAGAUGAUCGGCACGGAUUUCGCCCGUAGUUUCCUGGUGGAAGCCUCCGGUUUGAAUCACGAGGAUCCCACGGCCGCCUUCGUGAUCGAGAAUCACAACGAGGUCGAGCGAGGCUCGCCGAAUCGUAUGCAUCUCGUCGGCGGCGCGAGCUUGAUCUCCCUCCUGGCGUUGCACACGAAACAGCUCGUCAAUCCGAAGGACUUCCCGCUCAAGUACUUCUCCACGGGCAAGCAGUACGUGCCCCUGCCGCGGGAUUCGCACGCCUGCGGCCUGUUCACGGCGUGCCAGGCCUCCGUCGCGCACGCCUUCGUCGCGGUGAGGGACGCGAGGAGCGCGGAGUACGCGGCGUCGUUCGAGGAACUGCUGGAGACCGUGUGCAGGCUGUACGACGAUCUGUGCGAUCACUAUCGCGUCGUCGUGCGUGCCGCGCCCGAGUUGCGGUCCUGCGAGGAGAUGCGCGUAUCCUUCGAGAUGUGGUCGCCGUUCUUGAACCGAUACGUCGAGAUCGGUCACGUGUCCACGUACGGCGAUUAUUUGAGCAAGAGAUUACUGAUCGCCUAUCAAACGCCCACCGGCAGGGACUUCCCCGCGGUGAUAUCGGGCACCGUUCUCUCCGUUCCGCGUCUGCUGGCUUGCCUGCUCGAACAGAAUCCCGACAGGUUUGCGAUUCCGAUAAAGAUUGCCGAAUUUGUACCGUCGAACGAUCAUGUUACUUCGUGAAUUAAUCAUGAAUUUGUUCUUAUGUUAUUUUAUUUUGUAAAAAAAGUUAGGCAGACUUUCCAAGUUAACAGAAGGAUCAAUGCUGCCAUCAAAUGUAUUGGAGCAAUCGAUUGUUGAAUUAAAACACGAAUUCG